AUGGUCUCCAGUGAGAACCUUAAGGACAUUCCGAAGAAGGAGCGCGUCAUCGUUCAUGACGAUGGUACCGUUGGACGUUCUGCAUCGGAUGGUUAUGACAGUGACCUGGAAUCACCGAGUGUCAGCAAGGCCGAACCUCUCAUCUAA